AUGGCCGAGAGCGACCCGCUGCUCAACCUCCGUAACGCCAUCGCGGCCAGCAAACCCCCGAUCCCCACAAAGAGCGCCGACGCAUCGCAUGCCCAGGAUGUCGAGCAGGACCUCGCAAAGGCAACUUUCCUCCAGUUCAACCACGAAGACGGACAGCACCGCGCCAUUCCUCUGAAUACCCCGACGCGCUUCGUCUCCGAGGGCCAGCCCGUCGACCUGCGCAGCGUGUACUUCACCUGGCUGAAGAAGGACGCCGCUGUCCCCGAGUACAUUACUUCCGUAGGCCGUCUGAACGACGAGCUGAAGCUGCCGGGUAACGCAGGGGGGUCCGUCAAGAACCUGGUCUUCGCCGAGAAGCUCGACCUUAUCACAUGGCUCGAGGGUGGCUCUGAAGAGAGCGAGAACAUCAAGCCGCUGCCGUCUGAGGCCGCGGCUGCCACAAGCUCUGCGAACAUUGCCGCUGGUACCACUGGCGGUAUACCGACUGUGCCCAGCGGCGCUCCGAAGGCCGGCAAGUCGCAGCCUGACCCGCGGCUUCUAGAAAUCUACAAUGGCGAGCGGCGGAUGGGAGACAGGAAUAGCGUGUUGCGCGGCAUCAAGCCUACUGAUUUCUCUCAUGUGCGCAAACACGCCGCCGCUCUUCUCGGCCAUGGCAAGCGGUCAGGCGCAGCCGCUGUACCCAAUCCUCUCAACAACGUCACCAACCCUGCGCUCGUCUCAAAUCUCAAGAAGCCCGGUCGCCGCCCGGAACCCAUCAUCCUCCUGUCCCCGUCGGCCUCCUCGCUCUUGCGCAUGUCCAACGUCAAGUCUUUCCUUGACGGCGGUAUCUACGCUCCAGCUGAUUCCGCUGGUGCUGGUCCCAACCUGCUCCAUCUUACUCGUACACUUCCUAGCAUUGAUCCCAGUCGCCCCAUGCGAUUCAUCCUCGUCGAUACUCCUGAUCAAUUCAAGCCGGACUACUGGCAGCGCGUGGUUGCUGUCUUCACAACGGGCCAGACCUGGCAGUUCAAGUCAUACAAGUGGACGCAGCCCGCAGAGCUGUUCAGCCACGCUCUGGGAGUUUACGUCGGCUGGCGUGGAGAAUCGGUUCCUGAAACAGUGAAGGGAUGGGGACGGAGCGUCAUGACUGCGCAAGUCGACAAGUGGACCCCGCAUCAGGGUGCAGCGGGCCGCUGGAGAGAUCGCGAGGAGGUGGAGAAGAUUUGGAAUGCCAUUGAGCUCAGCAUGCGGGGCAAGGGCUGGACGAAAGAGGGACCUCCGGUGGGAAGGUAG